GGAAGAAGAGAGAGAGAGAGAGCAGGAAGAGGAAGAGAGAGAAGAAAAGAAGCAGACGCUGAAUUGACGAGGAAGACAACGCAGCAGACGACAAUGGCUAAGCGAGCAGCCCGUGCAGCUAGGAGAUCGAGCACGCCGACGUCGAGCACGACGCCCACCAGUGCAACGACUCGACGAUCAUCUACUACGCCAGUAGCACCGAGGAAGACGCGCCAGCCUAGAACUCGCAUCCGCUUGAAUACGGGUGACGGGAACGGCGGCAACGAUGAAGUGGCGGUGAGCAGCAGUGUUACCAUCGCGCCGGCUGGUGAUGACGGAAGUGGAGACAGCAGCGACGACGACGCAGAGGACGAUGCCAGCCGAGCAGGUGGACAACGAAACGGUGGCGCCGAAAAUGGCAACAAUAGCAAUAGAGGUGGCGGCGGACGUGACGGUAGGUCCCCGAAUGAUCACACCGCCCGAGGAACAGGAGCAUCACCGGCGAACCCGACGCAAACAGCAGACGACGAACUGGAAUCGAUGGCCUGGUGGGAUGCGUUGACACCGGGGCAGCAGCGUGCAAUGAUGAAACGAUUCGUGGUGCAGCCACCAGCCCCAGCGCCAGCACCAUCGACGCAGCAACCAAUUGUGAUUCAGGCCCCACCAUCCUCCGACCAGCCACGCAGACACAAGAUGAAGAGGCUGCACAUUGAAGACUUCAGCGGCAAGUCGAGCGAGUCCGUGGAAGCGUGGCUAGCGACGAUACCUCAGGAGGUAGAACGGCAAGCAGGCCUUGGCGGUGACUCGUGGACGGCCGAGGAGCUGUAUUACGGAGCCACUGCUCAUCUGAGGGAUGCAGCCAGUAAAUGGUUAAUCACGCUGACCGAACACAUGCAACCGGAAGAUAGAAACCUCAGUUACCUGGUGAGGAAGAUGCGGAAGAAGUAUGGAAGCCGGGACAAUAUGUUCCGCAUCCAGCAGCGGCUCGCAGCGAGAGUGCAGCAGCCCGGCGAGCGCCUGAGCGACUACGCGGCCAGCCUGACUAACAUUGGGUUCGGCAAGCGCAUUCCAGCAGAGUCCUACGUGGAGGCGUUCAUCAACGGCAUUAAUAAUGAGACGACAGAAACACAAGUACGGGCCUACGAACCUCAAACGCUGGAUGAAGCCGUACAGUUCGCGGAGGACAAGUGCGGAGAGUAUGGCGAGGGGUUCAAGGUCACCGACUGGCGCGUAGCGAAGCGCAGGUAUCGAGAGAACCGAGACUGGGUUUGGGAUUCGGUGGCGAAGAGCCCCCGAGUUUGA